AUGGUACAACGAGCCGCAUGCAGCAUCGAGGCGAACGCAUUCCCCAAUGGCGUACGGAUCAGCGACCGGGACGGAGGAGCAGCGACGAAGGUGGACGUUGUCGCGACGGAAACGACCGUAGAUCAGGUGUUACGCGCGGUUGAAGAGGAUCGUGGUACAGGAGGUAGAUUCUCCCUGUUCAAGUGGUUCAAACGAUCCGGUAAUCGCGAGUCGACCGUCGAUAAACGACGAAAAAUCAAGUGCCGUGACAAUGAAGACGUUGCACGACAGCAAAGUGUCUCCUCCAGCGUGGAGAGCGUAGACACGUUCUACAGCACGACAACGGUUCGUAGCUUCGCGUUUCACACCGGUACAUUGGGCAGAUGCGACGGAUUAUCGUUGGACAUCCUCGAACAGGCGGCCGAGGUUGGCCCGUUUGCUGCCGGCGCGUCGAAAGUAGUCACCGGUGGCAACAAAGAGAACGACAUUGCAGACGUUGCCUGUACUCUGCCCACGAACGCUCACAAAAGAGACAUAACCAGCAGAUAUUCCCUGCAACCGUCAGCUACGUUCACUUCCUGCGGGAAUCUACCGUUCCCCGAGAGACGGCUCUUGGGUUCGUUGAGAAGAGUCGAGGACAGAGGGACGGAUUCCAGCUCCGGGCGACGAAGGGUGCACGUGAAGGGUAAAAGACCCGCGCCAAAGCCACCGGCGGUCAAGGGAACGGAAGUGGACGCUCGAGUGGAGACGCCGAGAAACAGUAAUAGACGAAAGAGACGUGCGCCAAAACCGCCUGAGAGAAUCGUGAACGGUGAACCGAGUGUGGAAAAGACGAAAACUCGGGCUACCGAUGGAAUGGACGUAGUGGCACGUGGAGACACAGAGAACGGUCUGGCGAUCAGCAACGACACGUUGAUGCUGCAGGGCGGCGUGCUGUUGUCCAAGAAAGAGAUUAAACAGACGAAAGAGAAAAAAGACACCGGCACCACGUCGGACCUAACCGGCAUUCUUCGGGAUACCACGACCACAGUCCCUACGAACAUUGGAGCUUUAAACGCAGCCAUGCCACGACCUUGGUACAAACGUAGCGUCUUCGAACAUUCCCGAGAUUCCGGGCAGUCGAGGCGGGGAGGUGACGUACUCAGGGGACCUACAACCUCUUCGACCCACGAGACAAAAGAGGAUUCCGCCACGUCGAGCGUCGCCUCUUCCACCAGCUACACAGUGGACGCCUCUGUCUCGAGAUUGAGCUUCUUCCAUCGCGGGCAAACGGACGAUCGUAAGAGGGAGGCGAAACGAAAAUCGGGUCUGUCGAUAUUAACCAAUAUCAGUGAGUUAGACAAAGAAGCAGCAGCUAUCGUCCAAGAGGAACAGGCCAGGGCCAGAGCAUCGAUGUUACUGAAGUCCUCAAGGUUCGUGGAUUCCUUCGAAAAAAGGGAUGUCAACGAAGAGAUCGUUCAGGACAUCGUCACGUCUUCGAUGGAGAAUUCGUCACCCAGACGCGGCACUCGAGCUUUGAUCUCCAAGUUCAAUGCAAUCAGCAACAUCACGAAGGUCACCGUGAACGCGAACUUCUUCGCGAAAGGCAGGGAUCAAGCAGCGAAAUUCGAACGAGACGUGGUGAGGAACGCGAGACCGUAUCAGCAUCAUGUAGAACGGAAAGAGAAUCCGAGAUUCUCGGUGCAUCCUGUCCAAGUGCAAACUGGUGCGCACACCGAGAAGGAUAUCUCUAGGUAUUUCCCACCGCAGCCAAAGACAGGGAGGAACAAGAUCGAGAAUACGGAGACGGGAACGAAGUCACCUGGAGGUAAGGUCAACACGGCCAAGGAACAAAACGAUCGACUGGCCACGGACACCUCGAGUAGAAUAUCAUUCUUGCAGAGUCAACUCGCCGCGAAUCGAACGAACGAUACGGCGAAUCCUCGGAAGGACAGUGGAUCGACUGUGGUGGAUGAAAAAAUUCGAUCGAGACAGGAAGUCGCUGGUGAUAGGAAGGAUAAAGAGCCAAAGUCGAGUAACGAGGACACAGCAGGGAUUGGUGAUCGGUUGUUUUCUCGUGGGGAACGUUCAGCGAGGAUUUUCGAGGAACCCAGAAAGAUGACUGACAACAAGCAUCAUUUAGAGAACGUGCAAAAAGAGUUCUCGGAUAUAUUCGAUGAAAUCGACAAGCAGCUGUGUAUGAAACCGUUGAAAUUCAUCGAUCGUCGAGUGGUUCGUGGUACGGGGACGGCUGCUAAUCAGAGGGGUAAAGUUCACGAGGAAGAGGCCGGAAUAUCAAGCAAGGUAACUAAAGUACUCGACAUCCUGGUCGAGGCGGAGAAGAGCCCUAAGACAAAGAUAGAGACGGAAAAAUCGAUACCGCUUGGGAACGUUUCUGGUACGAGCAACUCGAACGUGAAAACGAAAUCAGGCAAAACGAGAUCCCCGAUACUGAAUACCGUCGAGGAUCCAAUUACGGUGGAUUUGAAGGAGAUGCUGAAGGAAAUGAAACACUCGUUACCGAAACGGCCGAAACCGGGGAAAACGAUGACACGUGCCGCGGAGGAGGUUCCGUUGCUGAGGACCGUCAAAGAACUGCCCGUUGCACCCGAGCAGAGUACCGCGUACUUUGUGUCCGCAGUGACGAAAGUCGAGAAUAUCGGGGCACAGAACGACUACGAGAUCGAGAAACAAAAGGUCUCGUGUUCGGUGCAGACCAGCGGAAACGUGCGACGGUUGAAUCAACCGUCGACGUCCAUGGACCAGCAACCGUCUACGUCUGGAUGGAAACGGGAGAACGUUCUGUACAAAACGUCGGGGAAAAAGCUGGCCAGUUCGAUGGGACUGACGAAAAAUACCUUCCAGUUGAUACGGCCCCGUGAUUUCGCGGAGAUCGAAGCUACGAAAACAAUGAGAACCGGUCCGAACGAGAAUACGUACGCGAACGUGAUCGAGAAACAAUCUAUCUACGCGAACGCUCAUGUUCCACCGUCGCCGAAACCACGUACCAGCUCACCGAGAAUCGACAAAAUCAACAGGAUUGAUAAUAACGACGCAACUUGUUCCCCGUUGGUUAGAAGGAAUUUGAACACGAACAAGGAAACGUUCGCGGGUAGCGAAGAAGAGGACAAUUCAACGGAGAAGAACAUGAACACGCUCGCGAUAAACCGAUUGCUCAGAAAGUUAGAGGGUGCGAUCGCGUCUGGCCAUCAUCAGCAAGCUGCCGGUUUGGCGAAGGAGCUGGCACGUCUGAAGAUCCACUGUUCCGUGAUUCGGCAACGAUCAGCCCGUCUCAAAGAUCAGUUGAUUAAAGUCAAUAUGUACAUUGAGGACAAGCUCGCUCACCAGGGACCCAUACCUCUUCAGCUGCCGAGCAGGAUGACGGUAGCUGAGCUGAAGGGAAAGAUACACGCGGAAUUCGAGAUACCGACGAACGUGCAACGAUGGAUCAUUGGAAAGAACUUGGCCGAUCGGGAUGGGGCGACGCUGAAUGAAUUACAAGCGGUGGAUGGGUCUCCGGUAUUUUUGUAUCUUGUGGCGCCAGAAUUAAAACCCGAGAAUGCAAUACAAGUAGAGAAACCAAGCGACGCGGAUAGGCAGCAAAAUGUGAUAAACGAUGAAGAAACCUCGCCUGCUGAAGUACUGCAGCCUGUAGAAGAAGUUCACGAAGUAGUCGGGGAACCUCAGGAGACAGAGGAAACGGAUACACCAGAGGAGGUGAAGAUGGAACGUUACGAAGAGCUAAUCUCAUUAGAGAACUGUGAUCUCAUACCGAAUUCAGAGCCAAUCGAGUGUCCCGUAUGUUUCGUCACAUACGGUCCACGCGAAGGCGUAAUAUUACGAGACUGCUUACACAUGUUCUGCAGGUCAUGUAUUGCUAAUACUAUUAGAUACUGCGAAGAAGCCGAAGUUAAAUGUCCUUACAGAAGCUCGGAAUACACUUGCGAGUCGACCCUUCAAGAACGUGAGAUCAAAGCCCUCGUUGAACCGGAGGUCUACCAACAACAUCUGGCGAAGUCGAUUGCACAAGCGGAGAACAAUGCUGGGAACAACGCGUUCCACUGUAAAACACCAGAUUGUCCUGGUUGGUGCAUCUACGACGACGACGUGAAUAACUUCCUUUGUCCUGUGUGCGGGGCAAACAAUUGUUUCACUUGCCAGGUCAUACACGCUGGUAAAAAUUGCAAGCAGUACCAACAGGAGUUAAGAUUGUCCAAAGAGACGGACCAUGAGUCGAGAAGAACCGCCGCGAUGCUCAAGGAAAUGGUGGACAGGGGGGAAGCGCUCGCGUGCCCCACGUGCGCGAUUGUCCUGAUGAAAAAAUGGGGUUGCGACUGGUUGCGUUGCACAAUGUGCAAAACCGAAAUAUGCUGGGUAACAAGAGGCCCACGAUGGGGACCAGGAGGACAAGGGGACACAUCCGGAGGCUGUAGAUGCGGCGAAAAUGGAGUCAAGUGUCAUCCUCGUUGCAAUUAUUGUCACUGAGGGGAGAACCGUCUAAAGAUACAAUUACCGCGACAACGCACAACGACAAUGUACACGAUCGAAGAAAUAACGUAUACCAACAAAAAUAUAUAUACAUAUAUAUGUUUAGUCCCGUUUGUCAAA